CGGAGGGAAAUUCGAGACGGAUAUCGAAACCUGGUGAUAAAGUUUGUGGUGUUGCGUCUUCGACGUGAGGGUUAUAAGAUAUGCGCAGGGUGGCUCCUUGAGAGGACAAGACGUUAGGGCAGUAUAUUACACGGUUUGGGUUUAACAGGGUAGAAGUAGAAUCAGGACGAGUAGGCAACCAUGGCGACCAAAUUUAUGAGUAACAUAUCGAGGACAUUCUCAAACAGCGGUUUCUCUAGGACUUACUCCAGUUCCCCAAAGCCCUUCCACUUCACGAGGCUUCACCAGACGAACACAACUCCACUGCCUCCACCUACCACUAGCAAACUUAAAAAGAGCCAUAGCGCAUGCUGGACCAUCUUUUGCUGCUGCCUCACUGGCUGCAUUUCGAUGCUCAUCACGGCCGCGAUCGUCUUGGGGAUUACAGCACUGAUAUUGUGGCUCGUCUUGCGGCCCAUUCACACGCCGAAGUACGACGUGGAGGACUUCAGAGUCGGCGCAUUUGUCUACAAUCCUACUCCGCGAAGCCUUGAUUCUCAGGUCAGUUUCAUAAUCAAAGCCGACAAUCCGAAUGGCAAGAUCGGCAUCAAGUAUGAGUCGGUCGACAUCGACACCCAAUACCAGUCUCAGUUCUUGGGUACCACUCCCGUCGCCGCUGGAUAUUACCAUGGUCACCGCAACAUCACGAGGUUCCCGGUCACUAUCGCCACAAAGGGACUCAUCUUGGACCCAACCACAGGUGCCACGCUUCAAGGACACAUCGCAACAGGAGAUAUUCCUCUGCUUUUGCACGUGCGUGCCAGAUUUAACCUCAAGAUUGGCGCCAUCACGACUCCCAGCUACACUGUAAAAGUCAACUGCGAUGUUAACAUCAAACCUCCAACCGCAACCACCUCCGCUACGGUGCUUCGAGCCCCGACGUGCAAGAAGGUUUGAGUAAAACGCUGACUUCAACAGAUCUUUAGACACUGCCUCAGGUCCGAUUCCACUUCAAGUCAAGUUCCUACUCUAACCUCUAAGUAGAUUCUUCGUUCUAUCCUCUGCAACCCUCACAACAUCGAGCAGGAAUUCCCAGAACACGCAGUCGGGUAAGAGCCCAGUGAACUGCAGUGCUUGUCAACUGUGCGCCGAUAGUUUGGGCGUGGGCCACAAACAAUUGGAAAGAGCGUAGAGCGCGACCGCUGUUCUUGCACCAGCAUGAACAAAACCCCGCAUCUUUGGCCGAAGUAGACACAACAAACUGCGAGUCAUCGGUUUCCGAGUGCCGAGUUUCAGGUCCCAUCUAGGCAUCCAAUUUUGAACAACUCUUGUUGCAAGCUCUUCAACGUUGGUGCAGGCUCUUGCGAGUGGCGCAAAGGCACGAGGCUGCCACCAUCAGCGCUAGCGAUGGAAAUCUAGUCAUUGUGGAGGGUGCGGUGCGUGCUCCAGGCUCACUCAGACGAGCUCACAUGAGCAAUGAGCUUCAACGUGUUUUUUCGCCACAGAUUGUCAUCUUCUUUCCUCUUGGCACGCUGCUUUGUUGUUCUCAUACGAGAGCAGAGCAGCUAGUUUCGUGUCUGGGACGCAUUCGUCGUGCCGUGAAUAUCGUCCUCCAUUCGCCGACGUCGUCACCGACGGCAUGAAUCGAAAGAUGCGUGCCGAAUUGUGUGCACAGAGAGAGAGAGAGAGAGAGAGAUGGAUUGAUAGUUCAGUCCAUUGAAUGCCUCCACAUUGUUUCCGGAGAGUACAUUGGAUUUUGGUAGAUAGUGUUUGCGAUGGCUUUUAAAGUGAGAGGUACUGCAUAUAUCACAAUAUAUGAGACAUUUUUACAAUAUAUAUAUAUGAUUUUUUUAAACUCA